GUGGGAUUGAUUCAUAAAACGACAACAAGCCAUCGUUGCUGUUUUUUCGUAUAAUACAGACUCUCUGGAGAGAGAGAAAUGGAAAACGUGCACCUGGCCAUGGAGGAGGAUGAUCUUUAUUCCGGUUACAACGACUAUAAUCCAACAUUUGACUCUGAGGAGUUGGAGAAUGAUGUGGGUUUCCAGCAAGCAGUGAGGACAAGUCAUGGAAGAAGACCACCGAUGACUGCCAAAUUUCCUGGCACUGCCAUUGGAGCUCGGCCUUUGGCAACGUCCUUUGGAGCGCGGAUUCCUAUGGUCUCUUCGAUGGGCAGACCUGUGACUGGAGCUGUGCAGGAUGGUGCAGCCCGACCAAUGACUGCAGUCAGAGCAGCAGGUUACACCUCCUCCCUGACCCGCGGCUCCACCUUUGACCCUCUGGGCCAGUCCAGAGGUCCUGCACCUGCCCUUGAAGCAAAGAAUGAGGACACGCCUGAGGAGAAGAUUAAGAUCCUGGAAAAGAAAGUGAAUGACCUGAUAGAAGAGAGCUGCAUGGCACAGAGCAGAGGAGCCUUACAAUUGGCUCUUGAAAAAGCCAAAGAGGCAGGGAAGAAAGAGAGAGCACUGGUGAGACAGAGGGAACAGUCUGGCAAUGCUGACCACAUCAAUUUAGACCUCACCUACUCUGUUUUGCUCAACCUUGCCAACCAGUAUGUGAACAAUGAAAUGUAUCCAGAGGCCUUAAACACCUACCAGGUCAUUGUGAAGAACAAGAUGUUCAGUAAUGCAGGCCGUUUGAAAGUCAACAUGGCCAACAUCUAUGUCAAGCAGAAGAACUACCCUAAAGCCAUCAAGUUCUACCGAAUGGCACUGGAUCAGAUCUCAAACGCUCACAAGGAAAUGAGAAUCAAGAUAAUGCAGAAUAUUGGCGUGGUCUUUGUCCGUAUGGGCCAAUACUCCGAUGCCAUAACGUCUUUCGAGCACAUCAUGAGUGAGAGCCCCAACAUUAAGACGGGUUUCAACCUCAUCCUGUGCUACUAUGCUAUUGGUGACAGGGAGAGGAUGAAGAAGGCCUUUCAGAAGCUCAUCUCUGUUCCUCUGGGCAUUGAUGAUGAAGACAAAUACAUCCCAUCUAAUGAUGACACCAACUCAAAUAUGGUCAUCGAGGCCAUCAAGAAUGACAAACUUCACCAGAUGGAGAGAGAUCUAAAAGUCCUGACUGAGAAGUACAUCAUGACUGCAGCCAAGCUCAUUGCUCCGGCCAUUGAAACCUCUUUUGCAACUGGAUUUGACUGGUGUGUGGAUAUGGUGAAGAGUUCUCAGUAUGUUGAGCUCGCCAAUGAUCUCGAGAUAAACAAGGCCAUCACCUACCUCAGACAGAAAGACUUCAACCAGGCUGUGGAAACUCUCAAGACUUUUGAGAAGAAGGACAGUAGGGUGAAGAGUGCAGCAGCCACCAACCUCUCCUUCCUGUACUACCUGGAAAAAGAUUUUGAUCAAGCUGAUCGAUACGCUGACCUCGCCAUGAACGCUGAUCGCUACAACCCAGCAGCACUAAACAACAAGGGCAACACAGUGUUUGCCAAGCAAGACUAUGAGAAGGCUGCAGAGUUCUACAAAGAAGCGCUGAGAAACGAUUCCUCCUGCACUGAGGCCCUGUACAACCUGGGUCUAACAUAUAAGAGGCUGAAUCGUCUGGAGGAGGCUCUGGACUGCUUCCUGAAGCUCCAUGCCAUUCUGAGGAACAGUGCACAAGUCAUGUACCAGCUGGCACACCUCUAUGAGCUUUUGGAAGAUCCCCAGCAGGCAAUCGAGUGGCUGAUGCAGGUCGUCAGUGUGACUCCCACUGAUCCUCAGACACUGGCCAAACUGGGAGAGCUGUAUGAUAGCGAGGGUGACAAGUCUCAGGCUUUCCAGCACUACUACGAGUCCUUCAGGUACUUCCCCUCCAACAUCGAUGUGAUUGAGUGGCUCGGGGCUUACUACAUCGAGACACAGUUCUGUGAGAAGGCCAUUCAGUAUUUUGAAAGAGCCACACUCAUACAACCAACCCAGGUGAAGUGGCAGCUAAUGGUGGCGAGCUGCUACAGGAGAAGUGGAAACUACCAGAAAGCUCUGGAAACAUAUAAAGACAUUCACCGCAAGUUUCCAGAAAACGUUGAAUGCCUGCGUUUCUUGGUGAGGCUGUGCACGGACAUGGGAUUGAAGGAAGUGCAAGAAUACACCACCAAGCUGAAGAAGGUGGAGAAGAUGAAGGAGAUCAGAGAACAGAGGGUAAAGUCGGGGCGUGACGGCAGUGCCAGAAGUCGCCGAGAAGGCAGAGAGGGCAGCGCCGGGAGCGCUGAUAGCAGCCACAGCAGCAGCAGCACUAAAGGAGAGCGACUGAGCGCCAAGAUGAGGUCACUUCCUGGUUCCAAUGAGCCCUAUGAGGCCAGCAGCCCCAAAGAAAUAGACGCUUCAUAUGUUGACCCGCUGGGCCCUCAGAUGGAGAGACCAAAGACGGGAGCCAAGAAGCGCGGGGAGGAUGACGACUUUGCAGAUGAAGAGCUGGGAGACGACCUGCUGCCGGAGUGACAGCUCCGACCCUCUGCCCUCUUCACUGAGUUGUUGGAACAUUUCCUUCUUUUGUUACCUUUUCAAAGGCAAGAGCACAACGUUUCACCACAGAACCAAAUCACUUAAAGUCUUGUUGCUCCUCAGCACAAAACAAAUGUUACAGAAUAAAGAGGAUUUUUCACUGAGGGUUCAGUUUUUAGUGUAGGAGUGAGAUGUCUUAGACUCCGUCAGAUUGAUCAUCUUUGCCUUACAUCUGAGUUACUUUGGCCUACAGUAUGUACAUAGAUGUGCUGAAUGUGUAGUGUGAAACUAUUUGGACGGCUCUGUUUUGGCUCUGUACUUCUGCUCUGUGGAUUGAAAAUGAAUCACAGUGAGGUCAAAGUGCUGAUGUGUGAUAAGUGUGCAGACGUUACAGAAACACUUUGAGGACAUGAUGUUCCUCCCAAAGAUGAACGGACUACAUGUUCUUCGCUGUUCACCCGAUAUGGGUGUAAACGCCCUGAAACAUCUUUAAAACUCUAAUUCUGCAGUUCAACCUCGCUGUCACCUCUUCAUCUUAGAUUCAGUGUCGGGACACAGAGCCAAAACAAUAAAAAAAAAAACGUUUCACUGUUCUGUUUUUUUUUUCCUCGUCUGGAAAAUCCAUCAACAUGACAAAACUUGUGUAAUCCAUCCAGUCUAGGUCCUGUUUUGUUACUCUCCGAUUUCUGUAUGUAUAUUUGUAGCAAUAUAUUUAUUUUCUUCUACUCUGUGCGUUUCUUUGCUUAUUCACCAAUGUAAUUAAAAGAAAAUAAUAUUUUAUCUACUCAAACA